AUGUCUUUUAUGUCUUGUAACUAUCUCCUUAUCGCCGUUUGUUGUCUCCGUGCGGCACUGCUGGCUUCCGGGUGCAAAAUUACUGAUAUUGAUAGUAUCAAGACUUUUGAACCCGGAUAUGCUGAUGGAAAAUGGCUUUGGGGCUUGAAGGAAUACAUAAACAGUUACGGAGCAUACGAAAAAGCAAUCAAGAAAAUCGAUGACGUUUCGAAUAUUCCAAAAUGGGAACAAGUGGAAUCUAACCAAAGAUAUUUAAUACCGGAAAAGAUUUCGGUUGGAAUUGUACAGUGUCAUGUUUACUCAGUGCACGCGCAGUGUUCGGCAGCGGUGUGGGCUAAUAUCAGUUUGAAUAUCAUGUUCAAAAUAAUAGCCCACUUAAGGGUGAUUAAAAAUGAUAAAACAAAAAGCCAGUUAUUAGUAAAUUGGACACAAAAUAUGACAAGAUUUUCAGAAAUAUUGACAAUUUACCUACUUAAUCUGUCAGCCAUAUUAUUUGACAUAGGCUACGCACCACCAAUAUGGGUGGCCAUGGUCCUCAUAUUUUGCGAUGACAUAAAAUACAAAAUUGAAAGUACAUCCUUAUUAGAAGAAGAAAAUGGUUAUUUAAAUCAAACGGCUCAACAAAUAACGGAAUAUAUAGAAGACUUUUUGAAACUCUGCAAAAAUGAGAAUAUUCCUGGACUAGUUCUCAGAAGUACAAAUUUAACUAACGAUUUUAAUUUAGUGAGUUCAAAACUUAACGAUAUUCGCAAUAAGUAUGAGUCACGAAAAGACAUCUUAGCCUUCAAUGAAGUUUUAAGGAAUAAAUUUCGAGUUCAAAAUUGGUUCUUUUUAACACCUACCAGUGCACCAACUGAAAAACCUCAUAAUAUUAGGGACUUGUUGACUAGGGAUAAUUGGAAGUACCUUGGUAUCGAUUGGAACAAUGAGAAAAAUAGUCUAAGUAAAAGAAAUAUCAAAGAAUUUGAGGAAUUUAAGGUGAAAAAUAAAAAUUGGAAGAUAGAUACGUUCUUGAACACUUACUCGACUAUUAACGGCUCCGUGAAUCAAAUUAGAAUGAUCUACCUGACCGUGGUAAUCAGGUUCGUGCUAAUCAACAUCUCAGAUUGUGACUAUCUGCGGCAGCAAAUAGAAAAAAACCGUAAAAUAAUUUCCAUAAAACCGGCUGAUAUUCAUUCAAAGUUCAGGAAAUAUUGUGCUAGUAUCCUGAAUAAUGUGCAAACAGCAAUCGAUUACUUAGCAGGCAAUGAAUUCUUGGAGAACUUGGUGCCAGAACUGGAUACGUUUAUUAAUGACUUUGGCGAAAACGGUUCGAAUAUUGUGCUGGGGGUGUUUGCCGAGUUGAACAAAAUGUCCGAGCUGUUGAAGGUGAACGCUUCUGGUUACCAUAAAACAAAUGACAAGGCAAUGAUCCCUUGGGAUGAAAUUGACAUCAACUUUAAGGAUGAAGCGAACAGAAUCAAUGAUGCAAGUACUUAUACGUUAGAACUUCAGAAGAAUGUUCCUUCGUUAAAUUUCGAAAUCGCUAAGACUAUGGAGGUUUCCGCCAACAACACUUGGAUAACUGCACUACCUUAA